AUGGCCAGCAAUCAUUCAACCCAGGCCCAGCCAGCCAAAGACAGCGCGCAGCAGGAGGAGGAGAAGCUGGAGGAUGCACUCUAUCACUUGAACCAGCUGCAUCUCAAGGCAACCGAGGCCAUGUAUGGCGCCUUUAUGCAGUCUGUUGAUUCUACAACCAAAGAGCUGGGCAGCUUCCGCGAUGCCUUGGGCAGCCCGGAGACCAAGGCUAUAUGGAACAGAGUUAACGCCAGUCAAAAAAGAGAUCCCAAAGGCAUCAAACAAUGGCGAGCAGUGGAUGAUCCUUUUUGGGGUGAUCCUGAUCGGAAGAGGGUGAAGACGGAAUAA